CGUGCGUGCCCCUGAGGCCUGGGACGUGCCACGUUCGGGGGCGAUAAUUUCGUCAAGGACGAUUUUAUCGGAAAUCGUCAUCGUGAGGCAAGAAACUCAAGAAUUUAUCAAACAUCACUUCCGCGAGACAGAUCUCCCACAGAAAGAAUUUCUCGAAGGACUCACGGAUUUUUUUUUUCCACCGACCACCGAGACAACCCCCAGCAAAUUAAAAUGGCUGUGAUUGGCCGAGUUGGGUGAUUACGACGGUAGAACAAUAGGAGGCCACGGCAGUCCGUCCAGGAUCAGGAUUCGCGAGAGUUCGAGCUGGUCGUUGAGAAAACGCGGAAACGUUCGGACGAAGGGAUGACCCGGCGUUACGCGCUGGUGCGCGAGAAACUUUGCUGAUUGCCGGAUUCUGCACCCCGCGGGGCACGCGCGGGGGGUGGAAAAAGAAAAUCGUCGUCGGGAUUGAGGGCGAGAAGAGUGAGGAGGGAUUUGCCGAGUAAAUCGGGAAAGUGUCCUCGCAAGAGAUGAGGUCCUAUGAUGGCGAGAGUAGCUCGACGGAGGAUGACGAUCGCAGGGAGGGCCUGCCGGAGCCGCAUCUGCAGCAAGGAUCCUGGCAACGCACCGCGUCACAUCCUACCUGGGCCUGGGAGCAUCGCAAUGCCCAUCCAUUGCCUCCACAAUCCGCGGCAGCUCUCGAGUCCGUGUAUUCGACACCAGGAGCUUCGCACCCGGGUGUGUCAGGCCCUCCGGCAGCGUACUCAUCGGAGCACACUCAAAGCGCACCAGGACGGAGGACUCCGCUGGGUACCGUAGGUCUCGGUGGCUUUUACUUUCAGCAGCAACCGCAACCCCACGCCUCGUCGAGCGCGUUGUCUGAUGAAAAUCGGCCGGACGAGAGCUCCGUCAUCCCUUAUGCUCACAGCCCCUCGGUGAGGAAGCUGUCCAAGAUAGCCACCCUGCUGUUGGCGAAAAAUUACAUUCUUAUGCAAGGAAACGCCUUGGAGGAGCUCCGAAGAGUAAUCGCCGUCCUGCAAUCGCCGCACGCGCACACCACCGCCUUGCCACCCACGCCGGUCUCCUACGACCUCCUGCAGGGAUUCCCCGGCAAGUUGUUCCAAGGGGUGCAGGAGAUGCAGGGACUACCCGCGAGCGAACCUCAGAUCGUGACCGGCCCUCCGACUGACGGCACAGUCGCCAGCGGAGAAUCGAAUUAAGGAGUCAAUUUUUUUUGUCUUUUUUUUCUGCGGCUCCACUUCUUUUUUAUCUUUCCGUAAAAGACUUUUUCCAUGAAUCGAUCGCACGAGAAUUUGAACCAUGCAAUUAAAUCGGUAAGAACGUCGAAAAAUCAAAUAGCAAGAUGUACGAUUCAAAAGUAGAAGCAAAAAAGUGACGAUCGGUAAUUAAUGUAAGAUACGGUGGAUGUGGAUUUUUAGAGAUGAAGGUAAUGGAAAUACGAAGGCAUUUUUAAAGAUGGAGAUAAGAAGUACUUUCAAGAAUGGAAACGCCUUUGGACAUGAAAGUAUUAAUUAAUAGAGUAUUACUGAAGUGCUAAUUAACUCCUCGAGAGAGAGAGAGAAAAAAAGAGAGAGAAAGAGAGAAUAGAUUAGCCUUUUAAAUAUUAAGUAUAUCAUUUAUCCACAAAAUCAAAACGCGGAAAAACGAAUCGUACAAUUUUAUCUUUUUCGUGCAAAAAAGAGGAUUGAAGUAAACUGUAGUAGACAAAAGAAAUGUCACAUUUAAAGAAUUAAAAAUUAACAUUGAGACAUUAAAAAGUAAACGCUGAAAACAAGAACCAUAUAAUAUAUAUAGGGUAGUCCUUAAGUAUACUGAAAGAUUUUAAAGUUGAUUUCUUACAUUAAUUCAU